UGCGGUAAGCCAGAGGUAAGCCACAACGAUAUUGAGCUGGAAACAUUCAAUGGAAAUUCUCUUUUUGGCGCAAAGAUGACAUACGUUUGUAAAGCACCAAUAUUUCAUCACCAUAUCGACAAUAUCACUUGUCUGUCGGAUGGUAAAUGGAGCAUAGCGCAGUGUGAAUUUGUUGACUGUGGGACACCAACGGUUGGCAGUCACGUUCAGUUAGGACCGUACAAUGGGUACUCACGCUACGGGGCUCAGGUGGAAUUUAGAUGUACACCUUGCACGUAUUUUUCACUUUCAUCAACGUCACAUAUCAGGUGCCAGGCUGAUGGCUCAUGGACCAUACCAGACUGCGUUUAUGGCCCAGAUGUUGGACUCCUCAAGAAUGGACUUGUUAUUCCGACAGGGGCUGUAGGCUGUAACUCUUCUCUAGGAAGCACGUGCGUCGAAGAAAAUGAAGUACCUGGAACUGUGUUAAGAUAUAAUGGUCAGAUUGCGGAUACAUGCUAUUGUGACAGCGUUUGCUGUUCAGAAUCUGAUUGUUGCUAUGACUACAAAUGUUGAACUUUCGGUGGUCCAUCUGUGACAUUCUGUCUCUCAUUAGUAGUAAAAAAACAAAAAAAUAAUUUUAAUUGGGGGUAAAGUAAAGCAUUUUACGUUAGUAUUAAUCGGCGAAAUAAAAUAAACCAAAACAUUAUUCGAUCAUUCCAAACCAGUAUUAACCUUUGCGUCUGUUUACUUAAAUUGGUAGUAUACAAAAGCAUAGUCAUGCAAAUAUCUUUGAAACGCAUAUAUUUGUGUACACAAACUUUUCAUACAGUCAUGUAAAAGACCCCCAAACAUAAUAUUUGUGAAUAAAACAAACAGGAGGCCUUUCUUAGAUAAAAUGAUAAGACGACAUUCAUUUUCAUAACAAAAGAAUUUUCUUUUUUAUUAUAUGCCUAUUAAGUAAACAAAAUAAAGAAAAUUUGCCCAUGUGGCGGUAACGAGGCUUCCCGAAUUGGCGGGUACCCUCGGGCGGAUAUUCCAAUCUGAACCGCAUACACAUGUAGAGGUAACAUUUUUUUCUUGUAUAUUUUACCAUGUUUUUAAAUUGUUCACCAAUUAUUUAAUUUUUGAUGGAAAUUUUGUGUCAUUUUGGAGCACGUGACUCAUCUGGCUCCCCAUUGUCAAAUGAAAUAUCUGGCAUGGGUAAAACUAACGGAAACACCAAUCUGAAAUGCAAAAAUAUCGAUGCUUACCAGUUUCUUAGAGAUAGAACUAUGUUAAAAUGUUUAUACAUUGCUAAAGUUUAAAGUAAUUUCAGAUGACUGGUCUGUUCUUUUGUUUAUAUAUCUAAGAAUUUUAACAUCAAUACCUCUAGUUAAGUUUUCAUGUUCAGUAUGUUAGCAUUUUAGUAAAUAUUGCAGAGGAAUAUAUAUAAAUUGUUAUUAUGUAGAAAAAAAAUAAAAAGUUAC